AUGAUUUAAAGCUUAAAAUAAAUUAAGAUCAAAAAAGUACCAUUCAAUUAUACAUACUACUCUUUCCCAAUCCUUCUGUUUUUAUGCUCAUAUUCAUGUAUUGAAACUCUAUCAUAAUGGUGGGUAGUACCCACUCUCCUAAAAAUAGUUACCACAAUGAUAACCUAUUCACACUCAACUAAUAUGGGAACUGCUCCUUUUUGGACUUUUGCCAUAGUAUAUUAAAUAUUUGUAUUGGAUUUAAUUACUACGGGAAGUCUGUUUUGGUCAUAAAGGAAUUUAAGUGUACAUAGGGAGAAGAGAUAAGAGUUGUAUAAGAAAUAUUGA